AGCAAUAGAAUCUACUUUUCGCCUGUCCCUGUAGCUCGGUUGGGCUCGUUUCUUCUCCAGAAGUGGCAUUUUCUGGCAAUCUGCUUUCAAUGAUGUAUGCGAUAUAGUUUUCAUUAUGGAGAACUUUAUUUUGUAUGAAGAGAUCGGAAGAGGGAACAAGACUGUUGUUUAUAAAGGCAGAAGAAAAGGAACUAUUAAUUUUGUGGCAAUAUUGUGUACUGAUAAAUGUAAAAGAGCUGAAAUCACAAACUGGGUGCGUCUUACUCAUGAAAUAAGACAUAAGAACAUAGUCACAUUUUAUGAAUGGUAUGAAACAAGCAACCAUCUCUGGCUUGUGGUGGAAUUAUGUACAGGUGGUUCAUUAGAAAUGUUAGUUGCUCAAGAUGAAUACCUACCUGAGAACGUUGUAAAAGAAUUUGGUAUUGAUUUGGUUACUGGACUCCACCAUGUACAUGAUCUUGGAAUUAUUUUCUGUGACCUUACACCUAGGAAGAUUCUCUUGGAAGGGCCUGGCACUUUGAAAUUCAGUAACUUUUGCUUGGCUAGAGCAGAAGGUGAAAACCUAGAAGAAUUUUUUGCUUUGAUUGGCACAGAGGAGCCAGGGGAUAAUAGUGCUGAAAGCACAAAAGAAAAUCUGAAAAACAAAGUCAGAGGUUCAUUGGCAUACACUGCACCAGAAGUGAUUAAAGGAGCUGACUUCUCUAUAGCCAGUGAUCUUUGGUCUUUGGGCUGCUUGCUGUAUGAAAUGUUUUCAGGAAGACCUCCUUUCAAUUCAGAAAACAUUACUGAAUUAACAGAACAAAUUUUACAUGAAGAUCCUGUCCUACCUAGACAGAAAGGAUCAGCACUUCUAAAACCCUCUUCAGAUUUCCUUAACUUGCUUGACUCUUUGUUUCAAAAGGAUCCUCAGAAAAGAUCAACUUGGGCACAGCUGUUAAAGCAUCCUUUUUGGCAAGGUGCCUUUAUCCAAACUCCCACCAAUUCUGUCUCCAGCCAAGACACAAACUGCAG